GUAGUUCUGCGUUAUAUACAACAACAAAACAGUGUAAACUAGGCCAAGAGCUGUGUUGUGUAUUUCUUUCUCCAAAGGGGCUGAUAAAAGUACAACUCCCACCAAGGAUUGUUUCUCUUUGGACUCACCUAAGGCUGAAGAUUCCUCAGGGGAGGGGGUAGAACUGAACACUGCUGUUGAACCAGAGGUGAACUAUCUGUCUCUAGCACAACUGCUCACAGCAAAUGGUAGGCCAUCCAACACCUUCACUCUGACCUGGGCCUCCUGGUGGCUUGGAGAGGCUUUUACUGCCUUCUUAAGGCGGCACAAUGGCAUCCUCUGCCACCCUAUGGAUUCUGUUGGUCUAUCCUGUCACAUGUCACUCCAACAGUCAGAAUCCCGGACACAAUGUUGCAGCCAAGAAGGAGAUAAGCUUGGAAGGUGAUCUGGUUAUUGGGGGCCUGUUCCCAGUUCAUGAGAAAGGUGGCCCUGCAGAAGAGUGUGGCAAGAUCAAUGAACAUCGUGGCAUCCAGCGCCUUGAGGCCAUGCUGUUUGCCCUAGAUGAGAUCAACAAGAACCAGCGUAUUCUGCCAGGCAUCAUCCUGGGGACCCACAUCCUAGACACCUGUUCCAAGGACACUUAUGCCCUAGAGCAAUCACUGGAUUUCGUCCGUGCCUCCCUCACCAGAGUGGAUGGCUCUGAGCACAUCUGCCCUGAUGGGUCCUAUGCCAUCCAUGAUGAUGUACCUACAGCUAUCACAGGAGUUAUUGGAGGCUCCUACAGUGACGUCUCCAUUCAGGUGGCGAACCUACUGCGACUGUUCCAGAUUCCCCAGAUCAGCUAUGCCUCCACCAGCGCCAAGCUCAGCGAUAAGUCUCGCUAUGAUUACUUCGCUCGCACUGUCCCGCCAGACUUCUACCAGGCUAAGGCUAUGUCUGAGAUCCUACGUUUCUUCAACUGGACCUACGUCUCCACAGUGGCCUCAGAAGGUGACUAUGGAGAAACAGGCAUCGAAGCUUUUGAGCAGCAAGCCCGGGCUCGCAACAUCUGCAUUGCCACCUCUGAGAAAGUGGGACGUUCCAUGAACAAGAAGACUUUUGACGGGGUGAUCAAGGCACUACUGCAGAAGCCCAGUGCGAGGGUUGUAGUGCUGUUCACCCGAAGUGAAGAUGCUCGGGAGCUUUUGGCAGCUGCACAGAGGAUCAAUGUGUCCUUCACAUGGGUGGCCAGUGAUGGCUGGGGUGCCCUUGAGAGCGUAGUGGCUGGCAGUCAGUCAGUAGCUGACGGAGCUAUCACAAUUGAAUUGGCGUCCUACCCAAUACAGGAAUUUGGGGUAUACUUCCGAAACCUUGACCCCUACAACAACAGCCGAAACCCAUGGUUCCGGGAGUUCUGGGAACACAAGUUCCAGUGCAGCUUCCACAACCAGAACUGUAGCCGCUUCUCCCUGAAGACAGGCAAGUUUGAACAGGAAUCCAAGAUCAUGUUUGUAGUCAAUGCAGUCUACGCAAUGGCUCAUGCCCUUCACAACAUGUACCAAGCGCUGUGUCCCAAUGCUACCAAGCUCUGUGAUUCCAUGAAGCCUGUGAAUGGCAAGAGGUUCUACAAAGAUUUCAUGCUGAAUGUGACAUUUGAUGCUCCAUUUCGACCAUCAUUAGACACCAAAAGCACAGUUCGAUUUGACCACUGCGGGGAUGGAAUUGGCCGUUACAAUAUCUUCAACUACCACAGAGCCAAUGGGAGGUAUCGCUAUCAGAAGGUGGGCUAUUGGGCAGAAGGGCUCAUCCUAAACACAAGCCUCAUUCCAUGGGUGAAGACCUCAAUUCCUGUUUCCCAGUGCAGUGAUCCCUGCAAGAAGAAUGAAAUGAAGAGCAUGCAACCAGGAGACAUGUGCUGCUGGAUAUGCAUUCCGUGCCAACCUUAUGAAUAUCUGCUGGAUGAAUUCACUUGCCGGGAUUGUGGUCCUGGCUAUUGGCCCAACGAGAUACUGAAUGAAUGCUAUGAGCUACCCCAAGAGUAUAUCCGCUGGAAGGAUGUGUGGGCUAUCGGACCAGUCACUAUUUCUUGCCUUGGCUUCAUCUCCACUCUGUUUGUUUUUGGAGUCUUUGCUAAGAAUAAUGACACUCCCAUUGUGAAGGCCUCUGGCCGUGAACUGUGUUACAUCCUGCUCACUGGGGUCUUGAUGUGCUACAGCAUGACGUUCAUCUUCAUUGCUAAGCCCUCCACUGUGGUCUGUACCUUGCGGCGACUGGGGCUGGGCACUUCCUUUGCUGUCUGCUACUCUGCCCUCUUGACCAAGACAAACCGUAUUGCUCGGAUCUUCAGUGGGGUAAAGGAGGGUGUGCAGCGCCCACGAUUCAUCAGCCCCACCUCACAAGUGGUCAUCUGCAUGGCUCUGAUUUCUUGUCAGCUAAUUAUUGUUGUCAUCUGGCUCAUGGUGGAGACUCCUGGCACCAGAAAGGAAACAGAGUCUGACAAAAGGUACAUUGUCACCCUCAAGUGCAACAACCGAGACUCGAGUAUGCUCAUUUCACUCACCUACAAUGUCCUCUUGAUAGUCCUGUGUACAGUCUAUGCCUUCAAGACCAGGAAAUGUCCCGAAAACUUCAAUGAGGCCAAGUUCAUUGGAUUCACCAUGUAUACCACAUGCAUCAUUUGGCUGGCCUUCCUGCCCAUCUUCUAUGUCACCUCCAGUGAUUACCGGGUCCAGACCACCACUAUGUGUAUCUCGGUUAGCCUGAGUGGUACAGUAGUCCUUGGUUGCCUCUUUACGCCCAAGUUACAUGUCAUCCUCUUCCAGCCCCAGAAGAAUGUAGCCAGCCUUCGUGUUUCCACCAAUCGCUUUAGUGUGACGGCUGCAGGAUCCAGCCAUUCGCAUGGGUCAUCUUCUCAAUAUGUCCCAACAGUGUGUAAUGGCCGCGAAGUGGUGGAUUCCACAACAUCAUCCUUGUGAACACCCUUGUGUUCUUUGUCAGUGACCAUAUGUUGCCUCUGUGCUCACUCCCUAUGAACACAUGCCUUUCUCUCCCCACUGGGCCUUUUGUUUCCAAACAAAACAAAACAGACAAAAAACCCUGUUUCCCAAGCCCACUCAUUGGACAAGCUUUUCCAUGAAAAGGAAACUGGAGCAUGAGAACUGAGGCCAUCUUUUCCUCUCCAGCUCAGAGAUGCAGGGAAACGUUGGCACAGUUGAGAAUGUAUCUGUAAAGAGGCCAAUGAAAUGGACACAGGACUGAUUCACUAUCAGGUCACUUGGACAGCAAGACAAUAUUCCUUAAAGAAACUAUACAUGUAUUCAUCCUCCUCUCUCUUCCACACUUGAAAAGGGAUGGUGAAGCUUUUUUUAAUUUUAAUAUUCUGUAUCCUCUCAAACAUUUCCUCAAUACACACUACAGUACUUCUGCUGUUAAAGAAAAAGGGAGGAUCAGUAUUCACAAACUCUGAAAGAAUACUGUACCAAGGAA